AUGCCACUGUUUUCUAGUCUCAUUCCUACUGCAAUAAGCGCAUAUGGUCUUCAAACUUUGCUAGCUGCCAUAUUUGUGCCCCAGGCAAACGAGAAGUUUUUUGAUCUCGGCGGAGCACUCGGAUUCGUCUCAACCACCUUUGUAUCUCUAUACUACCCCUCGGUGAAAGCCAAGUACUGGGAUGGCACUUUGACCGCUCUUCCUCCACUUACCAGCUUUUCGCCACGUCAACUAUUGCUGAAUGCCGCCAUUCUGGCGUGGAGCACGCGCCUUGGCGGCUUUUUGGUCACUAGAGCUCUCAAAGCUGGUGGUGACUCUAGAUUUGAUGGAGUCAAGCAUAACCCUGCCAAAUUUACUGGAUUCUGGGUGGGCCAAGCCACGUGGGUGUUCGUCGCCGGUUUACCUGUCUAUCUCGCGAACAGCCUUCCCGCUGUCGCCCAUCCUCCACUAUCUGCUCUUGACUAUUUUUCUGUUGCUCUUUUUGCCGGCUCUUGGCUGUUUGAGAUUGUUGCUGACCAUCAGAAAACUGCUUGGCGUAACGCAAAGAACAACAGAAAACACGACGAAAAAUUUAUUACACAUGGGCUUUGGAGCAUCAGUCGCCACCCUAACUACGUUGGCGAGGUCGGCCUUUGGACCGGUAUCUGGCUGCUUUCUCUGAAGAGUUUGCAAACCGUCUUCUUUCCGCAGGCAACGUGGGUUCUAGCUGGCGGGAGUCCUCUGCUGAUGUGGUUCUUGCUUCGGAAGGUAUCAGGUGUACCUCCCCUUGAGAAGGCAGGCGAUCAAAAGUUCGGCGAUGAUCCGAACUGGCAUGAGUAUAAGCGGUGA